AUGCUAGACGUUGAAAAAGAUGCAGAUAGGCAUCCCUUUGGAUUGCAUCCGCUAACCCAGGAAGGUUAUCGUAAACUAUUCCAAGAUCUUGGCUUGUUCACCAAUGUUAUUGUCGAGAAAAAUUAUCACAAAUUAAGAUCAAAAUCAUUUGAGGAGUUUAAGCAAUGGUACAAAGCUUCAGCACAUCAAGACUUUGACAACUUGGAUCCGUCUGCCGUUCGUGAAUAUGUCAUCAAAGAAGAUGAUGGCAGU